CUUUCUUUCGUGGUAAACAUUGUUAAAGAAAAACGCUGAAAUUGGUGUCUGUAGAAGAGAAUGGGAGGUCAAGAAUCCAAAUUGGCUUUCCAACGGGGGAUUACACGCCUUGCCGAUGAUUCAGACAUUCCUUUAGAUGACGAAGUUUGGGUAUCUUUUUGGAGUAUACCGGAAAGUGCUGCAGAAGUAUAUAGCUUUUUACAUCCUGAUCUUGUCCGAAGGAUACGUGAUUUUCAAUUUGAAAACAUUGAGAAAUUGCUACUUGUAUUAACAUCACGACUGUUCGCACUCAAAAACAAUAAACAAUUCCCUAACCUAGAGAGUGCGUCUGCAACUGAUGCCUUGAACUGCAUUCGUGUUCUUAUACGUGUUAUUCCGUUGCUGAAUGAAAAGCCGGACCUACAACAAUGGAAGCAGAAGUUUUGGUGGAGCUUGCGUAAAAAGAAAAUGACAUCUACAGAAAGCUCGGAGUUAGAUUUGGCUAGCUUUACUUUUGAAAAAGAUUCUGCUGCUGAAGGUAGAAAGAGUGGAUCUUUGAUUGUGAAUCCCUUGUCUUCAUCCAUACUCUCGUCAUCGGAUUAUCCAACACAUAAAGGCGUUGCCAGCAGUGAAAGUGGUGAAUCUUGCUAUAACUCGUAUGUUUAUGAAAAAACAUUGAUGGAGGAAUUGCUAAAUACCCUGUGUCAUCUUCUGUUUUGUCGAGGGUUUACGCUUCCAGAAGAAAGUCCAGAGCAGUUCACAUAUCGAAUAUGGGACAAAGGAAUAGGCACGCAGGACCCAGCAUCAAAGUUGCCUAAAGAAAUUCUAUCCAACCGAACUGAAGUCCUUCGCUUAAUUAUGGUUUUAAUUUCUGAUCGCUUGUAUCAGGAGGAAGAAUUGAGCUCACAUACAUUGACUUACUUGACUUACUUUUCAAACAAGCAAUUUAGUCUUAUCUUCCUUUACUCACUCAUCAACACGGCUAUUACACUAAGGUCUGAAAAAUGGAAAGCCGCAUAUUCUAAUUUACUUCAUAACGAUGUCAACGGUCCUUUGUCAAAACUAGCUUGUCAGAUAUUGCUCGUUUUUUGGGACUAUACCGCUCCAAAGGUUUCUCUUCGCUAUUUCUUACAAAGGUAUAAUUUGCCAUUGGAUACUCGUGUGGAAAAUCAGUACAGAACUUAUUUUUCUCGGCUUCACCUACAGAAAGAUUACGAAUUUUUAGUUGAGAGUUUUUAUCGUCUACUUAAUGUUCAGCUGCCUAUCACUUCUUACCUCCCUUUAUCUCAGAAACCUUCUAUAAAUUUUCCAGAACUUGUUCUCCUUAUUUGGCAAGCAAUUUUGUACAACAACCGAUUUCGUGCUUAUUUGAUUACUUCUUCCUAUGCUGCAGACUUUUUGAUUGCAAUACAAUUUUACGCUUUGCGGUACAGAGAUGAGCCUAAACAUUCCGGUUUAGUACGACUAUGUCUUUUCAUCGUUCAUUAUCUAUCUUCAGAAAAAGUCUUGUGUGAGAAAUUAAACAAAGUUUGUGUAAAUAGCCAGGCUUUAUUGACUUCACUUGGGUUCUCCAUUCCCUCCUCCAUCUCGUACGCAGAAUUUAUUAUUGUUUCUAGUUUUCACAUUGCGGCCGUUAAAGGAUCACCGCACAGUAGUCUCUCACCAUUGAUUUUAUUGACGCUUUGCAACAUUUCACCAUUUCUUGAAAAUUUGUCUUUCUCCACUUGUACGAAGCUGAUGCAUUUGUUUUUUUCUUUUUCUUCGCCGCGUUUUCUUGUCCGUAAUCCACGAAAUCACUUAUUAUUGGAAUAUUUGUUGCAAGCAUUCGCGAAUAUAUUAGAAAACAAAUUUCAGGAAAAUCCAAAUUUUUCUUAUUCUAUAUUGCGUUUACAACACAAAUUUCUUUCUUUAUGGUCUCUAACAUUAGACUCGGCUUUGGAUGAAGAAAGGAAAUCGUCAUUUUCCCUCGAAAAUACCAAGAACGAGGAAGCUCGUGCGGAUCCAAGUAUAUCAAAAUUAGAAAAUAAUACCGUAAACACUAAUGCACUGGAUUCAGACUUAAAAGAUUUUGUGCUUUUGUCGUCCGCUAAUCGUACAAACAGCUCUUCCGAUUUAUCUAAUAGGUUUAUUUCGUUUUCUGUUCCUCCAGUAUUGCAAGACUUUUUUUUACAUGAGCCUCGGGUCAUGUCAAGGAAGUUAAGAGGGAAAGUUCCCGAGGGAUUAUCUGAGGCUGAAAUAUUCAAAAGAUGUACCUCCAACCCUUUUGGUAAAGAUUUAGAAAUAACUCCAAAGUCGUGGGUUCCGACGGAAGGAUGGUUUCAAUCAUGGCAUUCAAAGCUUGAGUUAGAGGCUAUUUUGGAAACUAUAUCUCAGUUUACACUUCCUGUGUUCAAGAAAGUUAACGACGAAUCUUUAUCAACUGAUGAUGCUGUGAAAUUUCUGUCAGAAUCCAAAUUGAGAAAUGUUUUACCUAGAGCUCCUAACUUUCGUUACUUUAUAUGGACGGAUUUUAUGAAUGAAUGGUUCCAGGGAUUUAUAUGGUUUUGCAUGCUUGCUUUUGAUGAAAAAGGUAUGCUAGGCUCCCCAACUUUAUUUGGGGACUCCAAGGUUCAUCGAAACCAUGGUGAUAUGAUGAAAGUAUUGGAUUCAAAUUCGAAAACGAAUACUGCUGAAGGGGCGAUGAAGUCGAUCUUUGAUAAACUCGAUGGUGUGUAUUCCCAGUUCUCAGGAUCUUCUUCAUCGGCAAACUCCAAAUAUCAGUAAGUAUAUAUAUAUGACGAUUUUUUUAUGAAACAUUUACUUCCUUUUUAUUUUUCGAAAUUCCUCGAAUAUUCUUAUUACGUGUUUUAUGGUAUAUUCUUCUACUCUAUUAAUUAUCUAGACCUUAAAAUGUGAUUAAUAACAUGCGUAUUUAUUCGUGAGUUACCAGUUGGUCAAACAAAUCUUGAAAAAAAGACGCUUAUACUCAGUUCGUUUCUUUUCUUCUUUGGAGGGCGUUUUGAGAGCUGUUCUUGUUGCUCAGAUUUCUCGAAAUUUGUCCCCAUGAAAAAGCUAAGAAACGUUCGAAUGGGUUUGUGUAUACAUGGCUCGAUGCGGAGUUAUGAAAAAGGAAUACUGUCAAAAGCUUGGGGUUUUAACAUGACAUUGUUGAUGAGCUUUUCGUUCUUAACAUGAAACUAUCGAAGUCUUUGACUAUUAGGAAACGUAGAGACUAGCUUUGAACAGCUAUUCUGCCAACCUCCAGGAUUUAGUUUCUUAGCAAAGUGUUUUUAGUCGUUUCAAAAUGAAAACCUUCUGCAAGCUGCUAGUAAACUUUUAAAAUGAACCAAAUUUAUAUAGUUUGAGGAAUAGAAAUUGAAAGCUCAUAGCUUUUCCUCUUGGCUUCACUACCUUUUUUUUUUUUUUUUUUUUUUUGUGCGUUUCACAAACUAAUUUAAGUCGUCAACUUUAUUCUUACUAUUUGAUUCCUAUUUAAUUUAUUAAGACAUUAUAAUUUAAAUAUUAUAGGUUUUCCAAGA